AUGCUGCGGCGCCCGGUGGCGGGGCUGGCGGCGGCCGCCCUGGGCCGCGCCCCCGCAGGCGGUGAGUGGCGUCUGAGCGCACGCAGCUUCCGGUGGUCCUUCCUGGGCGCCGCCGCGACCCGCAGAGUCGGAGCCGUUCGCGUUCCGCUCUCCCCCUGCACCCAGGACGUGGCUUCCCGCGUGCUUCAGGGGUCGCCCUUCGUCUUGAACUUGUGUCCUCCCGAGGACUUCAUGCGGAUGCCAUUGCGGACCCUGAAGGACGAGGAGGGGCAGAGAGGGAAGCAGUCUGACACUCCCCCCCAAGGGAUGUCAGGACCAAGGCCUGUUGUCCUGAGUGGACCUUCUGGGGCCGGAAAGAGCACCCUGCUCAAGAGACUUCUGCAGGAUCAUGGCAGCAUCUUCGGAUUCAGCGUGUCCCACACCACGAGGGACCCGAGGCCUGGAGAGGAGAAUGGCAAAGAUUACUACUUUGUGACCAGGGAGGUGAUGCAGCGGGACAUCGCUGCCGGGGACUUCAUCGAGCACGCUGAGUUCUCGGGGAACCUGUAUGGGACUAGCAAAGCGGCUGUACGAGUGGUGCAGGCCAUGAACCGGAUCUGCGUGCUGGACGUGGACCUCCAGGGUGUGCGGAACUUAAAGAAGACCGACCUAAGGCCCAUCUACAUCUUUGUGCAGCCACCCACGCUGGAAGUCCUGGCACCUCAGGAACAGAGGUUGCGGCAGCGGAACACGGAGACAGAGGAGAGCCUGGCCAAACGGUUGGCCGCUGCACAGGCGGACAUGGAAAGCAGUGAGUGCAAGGAACCCGGUCUGUUUGACCUGAUCAUUGUCAACGACAACCUGGACAAGGCCUACUGGAGCCUGAAGGAGGCACUCUCGGAGGAAAUCAAGAAGGCCCAAGGGACUGGCUGCUCCUGAGGAUGCCAACGGCUGUGUCCUCCCUGGACAGGACCCUGCACCCACCCUGGUGGCCAGGGUGCCCCUUACAAGGUUGGCUCUGCCAGCCUCUUUCUGGGUGCCCCUGAUCAGUCCCACUCUCCUGUGGGAUCUGGGCCCACAUCCUAAUAAAGAGCUGCUGGUUAGAGUGUC